ACAAAUAUUCAUUUGUUUCUAUGUUUGUCUUCAAACUCGGCCAAAUAUAUAAGGUAGGACAUUUUUCAUGUCAGUCAGUGCGAAUUGAAUAGUGUCAAACUGAACAAGCGAAAUAAGUAUUCACAACAAAAACUUACAAAAUGUCGAAGUCAAUUUUGAUCACAGUCCUGGCACUCGCAGCAUCAGUGUGUGCUAAGCCAUACGUAUACAGCUACAACUAUGGUACACUGCCAUAUACGUCACUGCCCUACUCCCGAGCAGCAUACACUGCUGCAGACUUGUACAACCCUGCAGUAGCUCCACUGACUGCAGCCGCAGUCGCUCCGUUGUCUGCAGCUGCCGUCGCUCCAUUGUCUGCAGCGGCGGUCGCUCCAUUGCCUGCGACAUACCCUGCAUACUCUGCAGCUUACGGAGCCUACUCUGCACCCCUCACACUCCCAGCAAUAUCAGCUUAUGGCUCCUCCUACAGCGUUGAAGAGUUAGCGUCCUUAAUCAAUCCUGCUACAGUCUACGCAUCCCCUUACAACUAUUUGUACAAAUGAUAAGCUUGAAACAAAUGACUAUCGACUUGUGAUUUUUUUUAUUGAAAUGAUUGUUUUAUAGCGUUCCUUUGAUAUCGAUUUGAUUUUGUUAUAUUAUUAUAAGUUGAGCUUUUGAUGUGUUUCUUUGUUAUUUGAACCCUAAUCUUGCACGUUUUCAUCACAUCAUUGGUGACAUUGUAUAAGAUGCAAGUACAUCCUGAACACUAUGGACAAAAUAUCUUUCUGUAUUGUAUCCAUAAGGUCAGUCUAUGCUAAAACUUACAACACAAUUUAUGUUAAAGUUGUUAAAAACGGGAAGGCAAAUAGAACAGGAAGAAACACAAUACAUGAAGCGAUGAAGGACUAAUAACUCAUAUCGCAGAUUCAAUUGAAUAUUUACAUACAAACUCAUACAUAACCAGCCUACAUAAGUUCCUCAUAAGGUUUAAAAGCACAUUCCUGUCCAAUAACUUCCAUUGUUAAAACGUAUGACAUAUAAAAUUACGAGCAUUUAAUUGAAAACAAUUUUAAAUUCUUUAUAAUAGAAGUAAUUGGUGAUUGACUUUCAAUAGAGUCGUCAAGCAUUCAACAAGUGAUCUGAUACCGCAAAUGCCUCGUAACUUAAUUUUAAUGUAUUGUGCUCUGACGCGUGUAAGUAACUUAUAAUAAUAACUUAGAUACUUACAGAGUUGAUAGUACCCUCAUAUAAUGGACAAUGGACAUUUUUAUAUCAUCCAGCUGCCUUAGCUAGCGACUUAAGUGUUGUUCUUGAAUGCCUGCCAAAAUGUUAUUUAGUGCAAUUUGAAGAAAUACUUAUGUGGAAGCCCCUAUCUCUGGAUUUUAAUUCAGCAAAUGAUUAUAAGCUCUCAACAUAAUAAAUUGUACUGAAACAUAACAGCCGAAUAAACUGUUUGGUUCGCUCUUCCUUAUGUACGAUCUUUUGUUAUCACUUAGAUAUACAUAUUUUGAUUGAUUGUUGAUAUUAUUUUGAAAAUAAUGGGCGGUUUCCAUAAAAGGCGUGCAAGGGCGAGGGAGAUUUUGCGUUGUCACAUCUCCCCAGGUUAUUUUGUUCUCCAUGUGCUUGGCUAAUAACGAAUGUUUUGGACAUAAAACACACCUAGGUUGGUACAUACAGCUCUUUAUAGUUAGUAGGGCAGUGGCAACAACUGGUCUAGUGAGUUGGUAGAUGCGUAGCUCAGAGAUAACUCCCGCCAAGGACAAGCCGGCGUGGUCGGUGCCAUGCACUGCACUUAACGCACAUAAUUAUUCAUUAUUCAUACAAAACAACUAUGUACCGCUUUUGAAUUAAUUUAUGGAAGUGCUAUAGAGUUCUUGUUUAUAAUCUGAGUGCAGUUUGAAUGUAUGAUCUAUAUAAUUAACGCUGAUAUUAUGAUUGAUAGUUUCAUAUUCAUACAAUUUUAUAGUCGUACCAUACAACAUCAGCAUCUAUCACACCAUAAGCUUAUUCUCACAAAAAUAAUUAUGGCUUUGUAUAGAUAGAACAAAAGCUUUUGUAUAUAAAUGUUUUUCAACUUUGGACUCAUAAGAAUUAAGCACUUCUAACAAAGCAUAGAAAACUUUCGGUAUGGAACAGUGUAUCUUCCACCCUAUUAACUCACUGCCCAGCUCGGGAAUGUGGCUUAUCCUUCAUUGAUCCCAUGAUAACGAUAGUCCCUGCUUAUUUACUUAAUUUGAUAUCUACUAUAUGAUACAAUAAUAAAUUAGAUCACCUAAGCAUCGAUCUAUUAUUGACUACAUAGCGUCAACAUUUUCUUCAAACGAUAUAUGCCAUAAAUUACAAUUAACCAGUUAACAGCUGACAUUCAGACAACCGUAGCAAUAAAUUCGCAUACAAACGAGUAGGUACUCAUUCCUAGAACCUACCUAAUUACCGGACGAGAAACAAUUCCAUUGACCUUUGAGAAAAAACUGAAUGCAGCUACACCGUGCGACGAAUAUAAAAUAUCUCAUUCUGUAAAUUCGUUCUAAAAUUAACACCCUCACAUAAAGUCGUCCUGGGAAGGUCAAUGCUAUUGCAAUUGCAGGUUGCAUAGUACAAGAGUAUAAAAAUGGAAUCGGCCCUCCGUAGGGCAUCAUUCACCCCUGUGAACGAGACACACCCAGCAACAUGUACAAACUGUUAUCUUUCCUCGUGAUCCUGGCGGUUGCGUUCGCUGCGCCCGCGCCAGAGCCCGGGGCGGCCAUCUUGACUCCUGCCGUGUACCGAGCCCCACUGACGUACGCCCCAGCGCUGGGCUAUGCGGCCCUCCCCGCCGCGGGUUUGCCUCUCCAAUACAGCGCCCCAUACCUCGCCUCUUACCCCGCAGCACCCAUCGCCUACAGCAAGUACUACUAGGCAUGACGAGUAAGGAGGUUCAAGUAUUGGCAGUGAUCCGUUUGGUACCUAAGUAAUGCGCAAUAAAAUCGUUCCGCCUACUA